AUCUCUCUCUCAGAAACGGUACUGUACGUGUGAAUGAAAAUGGAGAGAGGCUUUGAUACUAGUUUCGCCGGCGGCGAGGGCUGUGAAGAGGGUAGCUUCAACUCCAUGUUCUCCGGCGUCAGCCUUCAGUCACUUCUCACUGACAAUACCCUACUUCCUUUCUACGCUGACUACUUCCCACUCGAAGAUGUGAACUCCACGCCCACUACGACGACGUCCUUUCCUUUCUCCUUCGUCAGCGAGGAUUAUCCCAGCACUCAUAACUGCCACCGACUUGGAGUUGGAGGAGCACCCCUCAACUUCAACAACAAUGAAGAUUCGGUGGACAACAAGAAGCUCAAGCUCCCCAAAAGCGAACCCCUUGCCUACGAGCAGUUCGAUGCCGAGUCAACUAAUGCUCAUGAGCCAUUCCAUUUCUUAACUAACUCAUCAGUACUCUCUCAUGAUCAGCUCAAAUGCUCCUCAGUCUUCCCACACUUACCCCUCCUACAGUCCCUUGAACACUCCCAUUCCCAACCCCAACCCCAACCCAAACUAUUUCCUUCUGCGUCUGUCUCGCCAUCCAAACGCCUCAGACUCGACUCGACGACAGCCACCAACUCCCAAACCCUAGAGUCAAUCGUUCAGAGCUGCUAUCGUUACCACGUUCCCAACCUUAACCUCAACUUGAAUCCUCCUCCGGUCGUUCUCUCAUCCCAACCGGCGGUUAUGCCCCACAGCAAGCUGGCGAGCCGGCGGCGUCAGAAGCUGAGCGAGAAGACCCAGAGCUUGCGUAAGUUGAUGCCAUGGGACACCAAGAUGGACAUGGCCACAAUGCUCGAGGAGGCCCACAAGUAUGUGAAGUUCCUUCAAGCCCAACUCAAGGCCCUCCAGACCAUGCCCUCCUCCUCCUCAUUCUCGGCCUUCACGCCGGCUCAGAGUUUAUACAGCGGCGUGUUCGGAGGCCUGGGUAGGCUGACCCGGAACCAGAUUCUCCAGGUGCUGGUGAACUCCCCCGUGGCCCAGACCAUGCUCUACUCGCAAGGCUGCUGCGUGUUUGCCACCGAGCAGAUGGCUUUGCUCGGGAAGAUUGCCGAGAGGAAGCUUCUGUUCCAGCAGCAGAAUGUGGCAUUCAACCAUUCUUCAACUUCCAGUUCCAGUACUUCCAGGGGGUUCUUUCUUCCAUGAGCGAGCGAGGCGGCGCGUGUAACGCACUUGCUCAUGUCACUUUCUUGGGUGGUUGCUGCUUUGGCGGAUCUUGCUCUGCUUCUAAGAGUUUAACUGUUUCAGGUCCCUUUCCUUUUCUUUUAGGACUUUUGGAUGUUCCUUUUUUCUUUUCUUGUUUUGGUUUUGGAAAGAGAAGUUUCAAAUAUAGUUAACUACAAGUAAAGCUGCAGGGAAUACAAAAAGGUUACAACUUAGUAAUGGCGAUGUUGAUGCUGAAAUUGUUACGUCCAAUGGAUCAGUAAAACAUCAUUAAUACCUUUUUUUUAGUGGUUUUGUUUGGCAGACGAUUGAUUUGGCCGGUUUCUGAAUUAAUAUGACACUAGUUGGUGGGUAAUGUUUGUGCAUGCAUGAUGUUAUUGAUAUCCUGAACUUAGUAUUUGAUUUUGGGGCAUGGUUUAGAGUGCUGUCGUUUGCUAAGUCAUGCUCAACAGACCAUUACAGAUUACAAAGAGAUGAGCUAUACACAGUACUCAUGUAUUGCAUCAACAAGGCUGGCUCUCUCUCUCAUGUCACUCCCACUUUUUCAUACUUUCGUACCUACUAUUAGCCCUACCUAUCAUUUCUGCUUAUUCUGUGUCCAGCUUGUUUGUUUGGGCUUUGGCCAUUUACUGUUUGGCACGAAAGUUUAGGACUGCCUAAUCAAGCAUUAAUUCCAGGAGUUUUAUGG